AUGAGUCAAAUGGGCAUGGCUCACGACGAGCACCAUCCGCAGCAUUAUCACGAUGGCACUGGACAAUGGAUGGACGGACCACAUUCCUAUCAUGGCACACCGCAGCAUCAGUCACCAGUACAUGAGUUUAAUGGCUUUACAUUCAACCCCAUUCCCAUGGAACCCAUAUAUCCACAACACCAGUACCCACCCCGAACGAUGCAUCAACAGCUACAGCCCCUGAUAACACCUCAAUGGCCAAGUAUGUUAACCAGCCAGUCCAGCUAUGUGCAACCCAUAUAUCCAACGGCGCCUGGUCCGGCGCCACCAGCGUCGACUCCGGUAUCUGCCUCCUCCACUCGUUCAGGGACGUCAUCAACACCACGGAAGACCUUGACUGAUCUUGAUCGGCGCCGAAUGUGUCAAUACCACGAAGACCAUCCCACUGUAAAGCAAACCGAGAUCGGAGCAAUGUUCGGCGUCGAACGAAGCACUGUAUCAAAGGUUUUACGGCAGAAGGAAAAGUACCUCUAUCAAGGAGAGGACGGUAGCAGGUCUCCAAUCAAACGAGCGAAAGGCAAAUUUCCAGAUAUCGAAAGAGCAUUGUCCAACUGGGCUCGCAACCACCAGAAACAGGGACUACCAUUGACGGACGCAGCUAUCCGCGAGAAGGCUCGUUUCUUUGCGCAGACGGUCGGUAACAACGAAAGUUCGCUCAAGGCCAACAGUACCAGCUGGUUAGAGAAAUUCAAGCAGAAGAACAACUUGGGAUCCAAGUCAAGAAAGAAUUCUUUGGCUGAAGAAUCUGAGGGCGGCUCCAACCCUGGUUCGUCGGCCCAAACACCCAAUGGCAUAUCACCCACAUCUCCAAACGGAGCUCCUUCGCCCUCGCCUGUGACUCUUGCUUCAGCAAAGCUUGAGGAGGUCACGAAACCGACAAGCCCCGAAAGUUAUGUAGAUUUCCACAAACCUUUCCACUCACAAAGUAAUACGUCUCUCUCGAGUGUCUUCACUGACACAACCACCUCGACCUAUUCUGCUGGUCCCACCAGUCCAACCUCACCAUUUUUCACCCCUGAUUCUGCUUGCGCCCAAGGUCACAGCCCGUUCCUUGCUUCACAGCCACAACAGCGGACCGCUUCUGGUAGUGCGCCUUCUGGAAACAACGGCUAUCAUAGACCACGCAGCCAAACCUUCCCUAUGCUUGGGGUUGAAGGGUAUGCCUCACCAUCAACAUCUUCAGAAGCACUCACGCCUAAGUAUUUGAGCAGUACUACACUCGAUUCACCCAUCUCCGAACGCCCCCAACAGGGUUUUGCUACCGGUACGGAAGACGCUAUUCAGCAUUCGCAUGCGCUUAGCAGGACUCCAAGUGGGUCUAUGCAGCCACCACCACUGCCUAAUCCGACAGUCACCAUACCACAAACCCAGGCCGGUGCACAGCAGCAUACUCCAAUUAGUCCGAGAAGCAUCUCACCUUCAUCACCGUCACAGGAGGAUGCACAGCGCGCCCUCGAGCUUGUCAUGAAGUUUUUCCAGCAACAGCCGAACAUGCUCGUCGAACCACAGGAGUACCUGACCAUCGGGAAGCUUAUGGAAAAGUUGAAGCUGCAGAGGACGCCCACUGGAGAAAAUCUCCCAGGGGGAUUACAUCCCAUCCACGAAAACAUCGGGACAGGAGACGGCAUGUGA